UACCAACACAGCUGCAGAAUAUACUACCACUACAGUAUACCCCCUUUGGUUUUACCAACAUAGCUGCAGAAUAUACUACCACUACAGUAUACCCCCUUUGGUUUUACCAACAUAGCUGCAGAAUAUACUACCACUACAGUAUACCCCCUUUGGUAUUACCAACAUAACUGCAGAAUAUACUACCACUACAGUAUACCCCCUUUGGUUUUACCAACAUAGCUGCAGAAUAUACUACCACUACAGUAUACCCCCUUUGGUUUUACCAACAUAGCUGCAGAAUAUACUACCACUACAGUAUACCCCCUUUGGUUUUACCAACACAGCUGCAGAAUAUACUACCACUACAGUAUACCCCCUUUGGUUUUACCAACAUAACUGCAGAAUAUACUACCACUACAGUAUACCCCCUUUGGUUUUACCAACAUAGCUGCAGAAUAUACUACCACUACAGUAUACCCCCUUUGGUUUUACCAACAUAGCUGCAGAAUAUACUACCACUACAGUAUACCCCCUUUGGUAUUACCAACAUAGCUGCAGAAUAUACUACCACUACAGUAUACCCCCUUUGGUUUUACCAACAUAGCUGCAGAAUAUACUACCACUACAGUAUACCCCCUUUGGUUUUACCAACAUAGCUGCAGAAUAUACUACCACUACAGUAUACCCCCUUUGGUUUUACCAACAUAACUGCAGAAUAUACUACCACUACAGUAUACCCCCUUUGGUUUUACCAACAUAGCUGCAGAAUAUACUACCACUACGGUAUACCCCCUUUGGUUUUACCAACAUAGCUGCAGAAUAUACUACCACUACAGUAUACCCCCUUUGGUUUUAGCAACAUAGCUGCAGAAUAUACUACCACUACAGUAUACCCCCUUUGGUAUUACCAACAUAGCUGCAGAAUAUACUACCACUACAGUAUACCCCCUUUGGUAUUACCAACAUAACUGCAGAAUAUACUACCACUACAGUAUACCCCCUUUGGUAUUACCAACAUAGCUGCAGUACACCUACGUUAGUAGAUCAGGAGAUUGUAUCUGGAGACAGUUGUGUUUUGUGCUUCCCUUUAACAGUCUAGUGAUGGGUUAUCCUGGAUAAUCAGUGUUUUGUCAUAG